AUGACAUCAUCUGAUGAUGAUUAUGGUCAAGCAUCAAAUAAUAAUAAUAAUACUAUAAGCAAUCAGCAUAACAAUUAUAAUCGACGUAUGAAUAGCAAUAGUAAUAAUCCUUAUACAUCAACAUCUAGUAUUGAAAUACGUUUAUUAAUGACUUCUCGUGAUGCUGGAGCUGUUAUUGGUAAAGGUGGUUUAUCUAUACAAAAACUUCGUGCUGAUCAUUCACGUACAAUAAUUCAAGUACCUGAUUGUUCAUCACCUGAACGUGUUUUAAUAAUAAGUGGUGAACAAGAUCAAUGUUUUGAUGCUUUACGUCAGAUCAUUCCAUGUUUAAUUGAUAGUUCUCGUCUUUCAUCAUUUAAUCGAAGACGUAAUAUAAAUUCAGGAGGAAAUUCUGAACAAAUACAAUCAACUAAUAAUGAACAAUUAUUAUCUGAAAUACGUAUGCUUGUUCAUCAAAUAUAUUGUGGAGCUAUUAUUGGUAAAGGUGGACAACAUGUUAAAGAAUUACGACAAACAUAUAAUCUUGAUAUUAAAGUAUUUUCACAAUGUUGUCCAUUAAGUCAUGAAAGAGUUAUUUCAUUACGUGGAAAACCUGAAGAUAUUAUUGAAUGUAUUAAAAAUAUCUACAAUUUAAUGGCUACAUCAUCACAACAACCAAGAGGUUCACCAUUAAUUCAAUAUGAUCCACAUAAUUUUGAUGUUUAUGCUGUUAAUGAAUAUGGUGGUUUUCAACCUCCAAGUGGUGUUGAUGUUCGUUCUGGAUAUAAUUCGCGAGGCUCAUAUCCAUCUAGUGGAUCACGUGGUGGUAUGUAUCCUAUUCAACCUUUACCUCCUCUCGUUGAUGUCCCUUAUGGUGGUGGACCUGGUUUAGGUACUCGCUACGCCAAUCCGGCAUUGUUCACUUCGACACGUGUAACGUUACCUAAUGAACUUGUUGGAGCUAUAAUUGGACCACGCGGUACAAAAAUUCAACAAAUACGUCAAAUAACAAAUGCAAAUAUAAUUAUUGAUGAUCAAGCAAUUCCUAGUGGUAAUGGUGGUGGUGGUGAUAGAAUAAUAACAAUUGAGGGAACACCAGAACAGAUUAGUCGUGCACAAGCACUUCUUCAACAAGCUGUUCGCCAAUCUGGCCUUUGGCGACCAUAA